AUGUCCCUUUCGUAUCAGCAACAACGUCGACGAGGUCCUUACGCGUCAAAAGCAUGUAAUAAUUGCAGACAGAAACACGUAAAGUGUUCUGGAAAGGCACCAUGUAAACAUUGUACACUACGCAAUCUUGAGUGUGUUUUUACUAAUUUGGAUAGAAAACGCGGACCAAAGACAGACUUUACAUUACCUUCCGUUAUCCCAAACGUGCAAGAUCACGAAUCGAGUACUCCGCAACAACAUAAUUAUAUUGGAUAUAUUAAUUUUAUAUCUUACGAUAUAUCUAAUAUACAUCAAAUAAAUGGUUCUCAAGAAUCGCUUCCCCUUACACAGACACAUAUUGGUAAUAACAAUGUUAUGCAACAUGGUCAUUUAAUUUCUGACUUAAAUCAAAAUAGCACGUCCUUUGAUAUCUAUUCUCAUGAUCAAGUAUCUAUUUCUUCUAAUAUGGAUUAUUUGAAUUCUGAAAAAUUUUAUAAUUAA